GUUCUCCUCGUCCCCCCAGUUGGACUUGACAUGGCGUCGGCAGCAAGAGCCAACACGAGAGGGAAGCGACGCUGUUAGUGUUGGGGCGACGUGUAGUUUAUCGCACUUUGGUUAUUUUGUAGGACUUAACAGCAGCUUUCUUCUUUAAAACACAAAGCGCCCGUCGGCGAAAUUCAUCAAAGUGACAUUCGCCACCUUCGACUCGGUUGUAAUCACGUCGCCAUGAACGGGAAGUCGGCCAACGGCUCGGCGGGCGGAAUGGCGUGUAUCGACGGGCUGCCGCCGCUGCCCAAGAGCCUGAGCGGUUUGCUCAACUCGAGCGGCGGCUCUUGGAGGGACAUGGAGCGCAUGUACAUGAAGAAAACGAUGAUACAGGACGACUUAAGCCGAGGACGCAACAACGCCGACAGCCUGCUGGCCAGCAAACCGGCCAACCUGGACGCCGCCCUGGCUCUGCUGCGGAAAGAGAUGGUGGGCUUGCGUCAACAGGACAUGUCGCUGCUGUGUCAGCUCUGGUCGCUGCACGAGUCCAUCCAGGAGUACAAGGGCAGCUGCCAUGACUUGAGCGCCGCCUCCGGCCUCGGCAUGAUGGAGAACGGCUACUUUGACGAGGACGACGAGUAUUACGGCGAGCCGGGCGCCACGCCCACCGGCGAGAACCCCGACGGCGGCGGCAUCGGGGCGGAGGAAGGGAGCAAAAACGACGCGGGGGUCGGCAAAGAUGACAGCUGGGAGUCCUUUCGCGUCACCAUCUGAUGCCUCCACGUGGUAAUUUUUUUUUUGCACCAGGGAAUGUGAUGCCCUUGUGGCGCCCCCUAUAGUCAAAACUUUCAUGCUGCAAGGGGCCCGGCCUGGAGCUUCAUCGUACUCGAUGAAGUCGUAUCAGACUUGUUUACUUUAAAAAAAAAAAAAAUCUGAAUAUACUGUAUGUAUGUUAGAAUUUUUUUUUUUUAUUCUAAACUUAAGCCGGUCACUUAUUAUAUCCGGUGGGGUUUACAUAUAAAUGUAUGGACAAAGUUAUUUAUUAUAUAAUAUAAAAUUUAAAAAAAAGAGUACACACACGCACAUACACACACACACACAAUAUCCGCCCCAGGAAGUUUCGGAGGUUUGCGGCCAAGAAUGAAUUUGUUAACCAACCGAUCGUGACGAUCUCGAGAGGGAUGAUAAUACGAUAAGGGGGGGGGGGGGGUACUUAUAAGUGUUGUGUGAAAAUGGCAAAAAAAUAAGAUUUACGGUUUGAGCGUAGCAAAGCGUUGGACUGUGACAUCAGAAAUAGAAUUUGUGGAGGAAAACUGUGGAGUGAUCUUACCAGGUGGCCUUUUUGUUCACCAGUCGGGCUAAAAAUUGAAACCGAACGAGCAUUUUGUUAGCACAGUUUUGUUUGCUUGUGAAUGCCACCUAAAAGUUUUCGGUUGGAUGGUAUGCUUUUCAACCAGGCCGGGAUUAUGAUUUACGAUUCCAGUGAAGGUAUCGGGAAUUCAAUCAAUUUGAGAGGAAUGAUUUUACGAGGUGGCCUUCUGAAAUUUCCGAGUAGAUUAUGUCGUCAUACCGACAAUGUCAAAAUCCCGCGAAUAUUUUCGACGAAAGCUAUCAGACUGUCGCGGACCACUAGAACAAAUUUGUUGAAGUGCUCACAAGAAUGAAAAAUUGUUGCGGGUUCAUAGUUAGCAUCUGAACAUCGCACUCACACAGUCCGUUUGUUCUCUUUUGUCAUCUUUUAAUUGGACGGUGCAGAUGCUACUCGUGCUUGACUGCGUUUUUCUUUGUCUUUGCGUCGCCAACCGUCGCGUUUCGAACAUCGAUGUCUGUAUAUUUCGCAUGACCAAAGACAGCGUGGCACUUGGCAAGACCAUAACUACAUCUUUGAAAUGUACAAAAAAAAAUAUCCAAGAA